AAACAACAAACCGUAUAAACAGUGGCCUUUUUCACCUCUUGUUCAGUACGUCUCAUUUUUAAUUUUAUCUAAAGCAAUAUUAAAAACACCAUCCGUUCCAAGUUAAAUUCUGAAAGCACUUUGAUUUUGCAGACGAGCUGUAUCAUGGCUGGAAAACUGAAGCUUUAUUACGACUUCAUGUCGCAACCAUCAAGAGCUCUGUACAUAUUUCUGUCCAAGAACGGAAUACCUUUCGAGCGAUGCCCUGUAGCGCUGCGAAAAUUUGAACAGAAGUCUCCCGAGUACAAAAAGAAUGUGAAUCGCUUCGGGAAGGUUCCGUGCAUCGUUGAAGAUGACUUCCAUCUCGCAGAAAGCGUUGCUAUCGUCCGUUACAUCUGCCAGAAGUACGACGUACCAUCAUAUUGGUAUCAAACGAACAAUUCGAUAGGACAAGCGCGUAUCGAUGAAUACCUUUCCUAUCAACACCUGAACAUUAGAGCCGACGUUUCGCUAUACUUCUUCUAUGUUUGGCUGAAUCCGCUGACCGGCAAGAGCGUGGACCAGGAAAAGGCAGCACGCUUACGGGCCCGGCUGGACAAAGGGUUAAACUUUUUCGAGCAAGUACUGCUGAACAAUGGCAACAAGCCUUUUUUGACCGGUGACCAGUUCACCUACGCGGAUCUAUCGGCAGCCUGCGAAAUUGAGCAAGCCAAAAUUGCCGGAUACAAUCCGUGCAGCUCUGAUCGUCCGCAUUUAAGCAACUGGAUGGCGGCUGUUAGGGAAAGAACCAAUCCGUUUUAUGACGAGGCACACAAGUUAGUGUACCGGCUAACGCCGGAACACAUUCCGACCCCGGCUGUUCCGGCUGAUGACGAUUGAGUAUAGUUUUUACAACUUUGAUUAUACGUGAUCGUUACUGAGAUGCAUGUACAAAGAUGCGUAUGGUGUUGGUUUUAUAACAUUAUGUAAAAAAUGCUUUCAGUUGUUAUGAUGGGAAAGAUACUAAAACCGUCAAAUAGUCGUUUUGCACAAUAAAAAAUUAUGAUGAUGA